AUGCGGGACUACGACGAGGUGACCGCCUUCCUGGGCGAGUGGGGCCCCUUCCAGCGCCUCAUCUUCUUCCUGCUCAGCGCCAGCAUCAUCCCCAACGGCUUCAACGGCAUGUCCGCCGUGUUCCUCACGGCGACCCCCGAGCACCGCUGCCGGGUGCCCGACUCCGCCAACCUGAGCAGCGCCUGGCGCAACCACAGCGCCCCGCUCCGGCUGCAGGACGGCCGCCCGGUGCCGCACAACUGCCGGCGCUACCGGCUCGAGGCCCUGGCCAACUUCUCGGCGCUCGGGCUGGAGCCGGGGCGCGACGUGGACCUGGAGACGCUGCAGCAGGAGGGCUGCCUGGACGGCUGGGAGUUCAGCCGGGACGUCUACCUGUCCACCAUCGUCACCGAGUGGAACCUGGUGUGUGAUGACGACUGGAAGGCCCCGCUCACGGUCUCCCUGUUUUUCGUGGGCGUGCUGAUAGGCUCCUUCAUUUCGGGGCAGCUCUCAGACAGGUUUGGUCGGAAGAAUGUGCUGUUUGUAACCAUGGCCAUGCAGACCGGCUUCAGCUUCCUGCAGAUCUUCUCCAAGAACUUUGAGAUGUUUGCCGUGCUGUUUGUCCUUGUAGGCAUGGGCCAGAUCUCCAACUACGUGGCAGCGUUUGUCCUGGGAACAGAAAUUCUUGGCAAAUCCAUUCGAAUUAUAUUCUCCACGUUAGGAGUGUGCAUAUUUUAUGCAAUUGGCUACAUGCUGCUGCCACUGUUUGGUUACUUUAUCAGAGACUGGCGGACACUGCUGCUGGCGCUGACGCUGCCAGGCCUGCUGUGCGCAGUGCUCUGGUGGUUCAUCCCCGAGUCCCCCCGAUGGCUCAUCUCUCAGGGACGAUUUAAAGAGGCAGAGGUUAUCAUCCAUAAGGCUGCCAAAAUCAACGGGAUUGUUGCACCCUCAGCCAUCUUUGAACCAAGCGAGCUACAAGACCUAAGCUCCCAGAAGCCGCAGUCCCACAGCAUUCUGGAUCUGCUCCGAACCCGGAACAUCCGGAUGGUCACCAUCAUGUCCAUCAUUCUGUGGAUGACCAUAGCGGUGGGCUAUUUCGGGCUCUCCCUGGACACCCCUAACUUGCAUGGUGACGUCUAUGUGAACUGCUUCCUCUCGGCUGUGGUGGAAGUCCCCGCGUACGUGCUGGCCUGGCUGCUGCUGCGGCACCUGCCGCGCCGCUAUUCCAUGGCCACCGCCCUCUUCCUGGGCGGCAGCGUCCUCCUCUUCGUGCAGCUGGUGCCCCCAGACCUGUAUUAUUUGUCCACCAUCCUGGUGAUGGUGGGCAAGUUUGGAGUCACUGCUGCCUUUUCCAUGGUCUACGUGUACACAGCUGAGCUGUAUCCCACCGUGGUCAGAAAUAUGGGCGUGGGAAUCAGCUCCAUGGCAUCCCGCUUGGGCAGCAUCCUAUCUCCCUACUUUAUUUACCUUGGUGCCUACGACCGCUUCCUGCCCUACAUUCUCAUGGGAAGUCUGACCAUCCUGACAGCCAUCCUCACCUUGUUCCUCCCAGAGAGCUUCGGCAUCCCCCUCCCGGACACCAUUGACCAGAUGCUCAGAGUCAAAGGAAUAAAAUACAGGCAAACUCCAAGGAUGUUAAAAGAUGAUGAAGAAAGCCCUACAGUCUUUAAAAGCACGGUCUUCUAA